UGGUAUAUAGGGAGUAGAGGAGCUGUCACGGUUCACAUCUAGUAGUCCGGCUUCCUUGCUGCGUGUUGAGAUAUCAGAACUGAAAGAUGAGUCCAGCUCUAGAACCGGUGGUGAUCGUCUCUGCAGCUCGCACUCCUAUAGGUUCAUUCAAUGGAGCUUUGUCCAGCUUACCUGCUCACGUCUUGGGCUCUACAGUGAUCACAGAGGCUUUGAAACGAGCGAACGUUAAAGCCGAAGAGGUCUCUGAAGUAAUAUUUGGACAUGUUUUGACUGCAGGUGCAGGGCAGAAUCCCUCUCGACAAGCCAGUGUAGGUGCUGGUAUUCCUUAUGCUGUUCCUGCCUGGAGUUGCCAGAUGAUAUGUGGAUCUGGCUUAAAAGCGGUCAGUUUAGGGGCUCAGUCUAUAAUGACCGGAGAAUCAGAUGUUGUGGUGGCAGGAGGAAUGGAGUGUAUGAGCCAGGCUCCUCAUUUAGUACACAUGCGAUCUGGAGUAAAAGCUGGUGAUGUCUCCCUACAAGACAGUAUUCUUUGUGAUGGCCUAAAUGAUGCAUUUUACAAAUACCACAUGGGGAUCACAGCGGAAAAUGUGGCCAAACAAUGGAACAUCUCCAGAGAGGAACAGGAUCAACUUGCUGUUCAAUCCCAGAACAGGACAGAGGCGGCACAAAAGGCUGGCUACUUUGACAAGGAGAUUGUACCUGUUUCAGUGCCUUCCAGAAAGGGCCCCGUGGAAGUGAAAACAGAUGAGUUUCCAAGACAUGGAAGCAGUGUAGAACAAAUGGCAAAACUAAAACCUUAUUUUCUUAAAGAUGGAAGUGGCACAGUAACUCCCGCUAAUGCCUCAGGUAUCAAUGAUGGAGCGGCUGCAGUGGUUCUCAUGAAGAAGUCUGAAGCACAACAAAGAGGCCUUUCUCCGUUGGCACAGAUUGUGUCCUCUGCCCAGGCAGGAAUCGAUCCAUCUAUUAUGGGAGCUGGACCAAUCCCAGCAAUUAAAAAAGCUGUUGAAAAGGCAGGAUGGAGCCUUGAUGAUGUGGAUGUUUUUGAAAUAAACGAGGCUUUUGCAGCUAUUGCAUGUGCAGUGACUAAAGAGUUGGGGAUUAAUCCGGAAAAGGUAAACAUUCAAGGUGGAGCCAUAUCCCUGGGUCACCCUCUAGGAAUGUCUGGCUGUCGUGUUUUGGUUACACUUCUGUAUGCGCUGGAGAGGACAGGUGGAAAGAAAGGGGUAGCUGCACUUUGCAUAGGGGGUGGCAUGGGAAUAGCCAUGUGUGUCGAACGAACAGGCUGAUUGCCUAAUUUCAUGGUAUAUGGGUAUAUCAAGGCACCCGUAAUCUCACAUUCCAGGAAGUCAAACCGCUUGUUACUUUGGGCAUUUUGGGAACUAAUGUGACACUAAUACAGUUAAUUUUAAUUAAA